AUGUAUUCUCACUUGCAGAGCAAGAUUUUCAAUGCUAUUUCUCCCGAGAUCACUUCAUCAGAACUUAAAGAAUCACGUGAAAAAGCCCUUACUUUAAAGUUGAUAAAAGCUGAAAAAAAGAUUAUAGAAUUAAAAAUCUUAUUAUCGAAAGAGAGGAAGAAAGCUACAAAAAGACAAAUUACAAGAAGUCAAAUUAAAAAAUUUAAAGGGCACAGGUUAGUUCAUCUUGAUCUGAAAGGAGCUCCACCUAAAAUGCCGUAUUUGCUGAAAUUACUGUCUAACUUUAAAGAGUGGGGUGCCACUGGUUUACUAGUAGAAUAUGAAGAUAUGUUUCCAUAUUCUGGUAAUCUUGAAAUACUAAAGACAAAACAUGCCUACAGCUUCAACUUAAAGACCUGCAAUUUGUGCAUGGCAGACAGAAGAAGCAAAAUAAGACUUUUCAUCGAUCACAUGACACCAAUCCUCAAGCAUAUUAAGCARAAGAACCUGAUUCCAUUAAUGUGGGAUGACAUGAUGAGGAAGGCAGAGAUCGAAGACAUGAAAGAACUUGGUACAUUGAUGGAGCCCAUGGUUUGGGGGUAUGGUACUAUUUUGCAAAGAUACUUUCCACCAGGAAUGUGGGAGAGAUUCUCGACUGUUUUUCCCAAAAUGUGGGUUGCUAGCGCUUUUAAAGGAGCAACCAARCCCGACAGCAUUUAUGUUCCCAUUAAAUUCCAUCUCCAGAAUAACUUGGACUGGCUGGAUGCCAUUAACUCUCUCCCUAAGUCUACUAUUGUAGAGGGCAUUGCCUUGACAGGGUGGAGUAGGUUUGAUCAUUACGSUGCUCUUUGUGAACUACUACCAGCGGGUCUUCCAUCACUGGCCUUCUGUCUUAAGGCUCUAACCCAGGGCGAGAUGAAUGAAAGCUUGGAAAAGGAGGUCAUUGAAAGCCUUGGACUGCCUCAAAACUUCAGUCUCGAAAUUACACCUUACAAGAGAGAAUAUGARGAUGUACCUGCAACAUUCCCAGGUCAUGAGAUCUAUACACUGGUCGGUAACUUAACAAAAGCUUUGUAUUCGCUAAAUGGAGUUCGGCAUCUGARGUCAGGCUGGAUGCUUCCGCGACAUAUCACCAGUAAAUUCCUCAGCUAUCAGCAUGUUCACAACGCACUGAAUUAUUCACAAUUCGCUUUGGRCCUUCUGACUCCUCUGAAUGAGAAGUUUCUUGAGCCGCUUAACGAGAUCUACGACGAGGACACGGUCAAAGAAUGGAUUACGGACAAAAUAACCGAUAAUAUUCGCUACGCCAAAAGAAAGGCCAAGGAGUUAUCCGAUCUUGAGAAAAGACUAGAUUAAUUCAAAGUCAUCUUUGGUAAACAUAUAGCCGAUUUCAAGAACAAUUUGUAAAGAGAACAGCGGUUUCUGGUAGCAAUUUUGUCAUUUGAUACUUUUGACAUAUAUCUACAAGGUAUCAAUGACAUAAAGUUUGCGCAAYAUUCCCGCACCUUUGCUUCUAAACCUAUCAGAAAGCAAAAUUCAAGAACAAUUGUCAAAAGAAAGCGAACGAUCGCAAAGGUCCUCAUAUGCGAGUGGGUCUUUAUAAAACAUGAACAGGAGGCCUUAUGUAUACAGUUGACUCUCUUUGAACGACCACUCUCGUAAGCGACCAUAUCCCGUAAGCGACCACCUUUUAAAUUUCCCUUUAUAAUUGUUUCCCAUAUAAACUCUGUAAAAAAAACUCUCUCGUAAGCGACCACUUUUCCUGAUGCCGAGGUGGUCGCUUAGGAGAGAGUUGACUGUAAUUUAAAACACGAGAGAGAGUGUUUUAUCAGGUACCAUCACACAUUGAAUAUGCAUAAUAAAAUAGAAGCGCUGGUGGCUGUUCUGCUGCUAUCGGUUGACAUCCUGCAUUGGUCAAUGAUCAGGUAUCAAACCUGAGACCUCUGCUAGGGUCAUGGACCUUUACUUCUGAUAAAGGUCACCCUUAUUAGUAUUCUUUAUUUAAAGGAACAUUUAAUGCGACUCAUUCUAUUGGCCUAAAAACUCAUUUAUUUAUACAUUAUUAUUAUACAUUUCAACUGUGUUUUGUAACAAGUGUUCCUAAUAUACACAUGUCAAACUUUGAAAGAUUGUUAUUGAUUACAUAACAAAUAUCUUCUACAAAACAAUAUGGUGGCAAUAAACAAUCGGACAAUUUUGUAUAAUUAAUGAGUUAUACUUUGACGUCAUCAAAUUAGCAUAAAACCAAUUUUUCUCUGAAAUUAGAAGCCUACAUCCAGUGGCACUUUACAGAACUAUUAUUUUCUUCAUAUUGAUUUUAUUUUCAAAACAAAAAAAUCAUGUCAUAUGCACUUUAAUUAAUUUGAUAAAUCAAGUAUAGUUGGGUGACACAAUCUUGAGCUUUUAAACGGGUGAAUGUGUUCCCUGACUAUUGCUCUGGGUGAACUUUAUUAGAAAUGGUUGUAAAAUUCUCUAACAUUCGAACUCYAUYUUGAGUUUCAUUGUUUGUUAAGGCUGAUUUACACGGUACGAUUUGUC